AUGUGUUCACCAGACGCCUUCCUGGCCAUUCUUGCUGUCCUCUUUCCACCCAUCGCAGUCUGGAUCAAAGUCGGCGUCUGUUCUGCUGACUCUCUUAUCAACAUCGCCCUCUGUUGUCUGGGAUACGUUCCGGGUCUGCUGCAUGCCUGGUAUAUCAUCUUAAAGUACCCCGAAGCAGACGACGAGUAUCCGGAUGGAUACAGGCCGAUCGUGGGGCAACAUCGCGGAGACGCUGAAGCAGGCCGAGUCACUUAUUACUACAUCGCUCAUGAGCAGGCCCAUCCAAACCAGCACCAGCAGCACCAGCAGCAGCGCACGUACGGAACCAACGUGAACCCCGAAUCAAGGCCUGCACCGUCGCCUCCAGUCCCUCAAAAGCCGCAGCGGGCUGGUGGUGGAUAUGCUGCUACCGGUGCACAGGACCAGGGAAGCAGCAGUAGGCCCGAGGGCGAGCACAGGUCUCCUCCAACCUACGCUGAGGCCGUCAAGGGAGACAAUAAGAUCCAAUCUUAG